AUUCCUGGUAUUUCUGUUUCUCGGAGAUUCCUAAGGUUUUUUCUUUCUCUCUCUUAAUGCCUCUUUGAAUUUGUGUAAACCCACUUUUUCUUCUCUCUCCUCCAAGCUUUUAGUUCGUUCACUACUCUCUCAGUAACACAACAGAACCCUUUUUUUGGUUCCUCUGAUUUCACUCUUUUCUUUUAUUGUUCGAUUGAACUCUUUGUGGUAAAAAACUAUUUACAAAUUUACGUGCUUUUGUUAUGUUUUGUUGUGUUUUGGUUCUGAGAAGGUAAAGAAGAGUUUGUUUGUGAUGAUGAUGAUUGACUUACUUGUUAUGUGCAUGCAUGUGUUGACUUGUUUGAUGGUGGAUGAGUGGGUAAGUUGUUCUGUUUCUAUGUGAAAAUUCAGUAGCUGGGUGGGUUCUCUAAGUUCCUCAUUGAAUUUGCUUUUGGGAGGUUUAUUUAACCAUUCAGUGCAAGCAUCAUUUAGUGCACCUUUGAUGAAAACUUCAGUAAAAUUAACUUCGAUAAAAUUAAUUUUGAACCAUUGUUCAUAAUUGAGAUAUGUUCUUAAUUAAUUUGAAUAGUGUGUUUUGUUAAGAGUGUGUUUUUUCAUUUGAAAGUAUGAGAAGUGAAUUUUUUUCUGUAAAACUAAUAAAGCCUUAGAAUGAGUCACACCAUCGAGAGUUUGAAAACCUGUACUAAAGACCUUAGAGUGGAAAAGAUAGUUUUCUCAGGCUCAGUUUAAUCAAAGUUUUUUUUCUUCUUCUAUGGUUUUAGUGUUGAAAACAUUGGAAUUCGUGGCAAUCUUUUAUUUUUCAUUUGAUUAUUAUUUUAUUCAUGUUGAUUUGUUCUGCUUUUGUAUCUGUACUUCAUUUGAUGUCACUUCAUAGAUUUUAUACCUGCAGAUUUGAUAUGUUCAACAGUUCAAUAUAUCGUAAUACGAGGUAAAAUGUUGAAAGAGUAAUUUAUGGCCAUCAACCUGUGAAUCCUAUCCUCCCUAUCAAAUAUUAACAUAUAUUUUCCAUUUUUAAUGUUUAUUCUCUGUCUUACGGCCACAUGAUUGAGACCAAAAUGAAUAGAGAAGGGAAAAAAUAAGCAUUCCUCGAAAACCACUAAAUUUGUAAUACAACAAUAAACAAUUCGUUGACAUGCCUGUUUAUAGGAAUAAGUCAUUUGUACACACCUUUCUGUACUUUUCAUGUUUAAUAUUUUGCUUAUUUCUAUCUAACAAUCAAUUGUUGUGUACAUGUGCAUGAUCAAAAGCUCAAAUGUUAAUCAUCACAUUUGAAUAAAUGUCUUGGGGUUUGUGCAAUCUGCUGAAUUAUUUAAUGAAUAUUACAACUUCAGAUCCAAGGAUGUCUAAAGAAGCUGUUGCUACUCCAUCAGCUGCGUCUUUUGAGUAUGAGAUAUUGGAUAGUGAUGCUGACAUCCUUAGAACUGUUAGACCCUCAUCCAGUCGUGCAAAUCCAUGGAUUGAACCUGAAAGGUUGAAACUUAGACACAGAAUUGGCCGUGGCCCUUUUGGUGAUGUUUGGCUAGCAACUCAUCAUCAGUCAACUGAAGAUUAUGAUGAGUACCAUGAAGUCGCUGCUAAAAUGUUACAUCCAAUCAGAGAGGAUCAUAUGAAUAUUGUACUAGAGAAGUUCAGUGAAUUAUAUUUUAAGUGCCAAGGAGUUGCUAGCGUAUCCUGGCUACAUGGAAUUUCAAUCUUAAAUGGAAGGAUAAGCAUCAUUAUGAAUUUGUAUGAGGGUUCUAUUGGUGACAAGAUGGCUAGACUCAAAGAAGGAAGAAUUUCGUUGCCUGAUGUUUUGAGGUAUGGAAUCAAUCUGGCUCAAGGUGUUCUGGAACUUCACACUAAAGGGAUCCUCAUUCUCAACCUUAAACCAUUUAAUGUUCUUCUCAAUGAUAAUGAUCAAGCAAUUUUGGGAGAUAUUGGUAUUCCCAGUCUUUUUCUUGGCUCUUCAUUCCUAUACUCAGAUAUGGCUCAGAGGCUUGGAACUCCAAAUUACAUGGCUCCAGAGCAAUGGGAACCAGAGGUCAGAGGUCCUCUGUCAUUUGAAACAGAUUCUUGGGGGUUUGGGUGCACCAUUGUUGAAAUGUUGACUGGUAACCAACCGUGGUAUGGAUGUCCUGUUGGCAAAAUACACCAAUUGAUUGUUGAAAAGCAUGAAAAACCCCUUAUUCCAAGUGGUCUUCCUUCUUCCCUUGAGAAUAUCCUCAGUGGUUGCUUUGAGUAUGAUUUGAGGAAUCGCCCUUUAAUGGUAGAUAUUCUGAAUGUCUUUAAAAGCUCACUGAAUGAACUGGCCAAUGAUGGAGGAUGGAGAUAUCUAGGGAAUGUGAAAGUUAUUUCAAAAUCAGGUAGCACUGGCUACACAGAAUGGUUCCUCUCAAAGGAUCAUCUUCAGGUGGGGGACAUGGUCCGAUCUAGAAAGCCUUCCAAUUCUUGCAAGCCUCAAAACAUGGAUGUCUCAGAAGGAACUGUUGUUGGUUUAGAUCGUAAUGCGGAUCAAGGGUUUGUUCUUUUGAGAGUCCAUGGUGUUCAUGACCCCAUUAGAAUUCACAUGUCAACUCUUGAACGUGUCACCUUUGGCUUGGCAGCUGGUGAUUGGGUACGCUUGAGGGAUGAAAAUGAGAAGCACUCACCAGUGGGCAUUCUACAUUCCAUCGACCGUGACAGUAGAGUGGCUGUUGGAUUUAUAGGGCUGCAAACUCUUUGGAAUGGAAACUCUUCAGAACUUGAAAUGGCUGAACCAUACUGCAUGGGCCAGUUUGUUAGGCUGAAAGACAAAGUUUCGAGUCCUCGAUUUGAAUGGCGUCAUAAAAGGGGAGGGGCCUGGGCUACUGGCAGGAUUUCAUGGAUUCUACCGAAUGGGUGUUUGGUUGUGAAGUUCCCAGGGAUGCUUACUUUUGGCAAUGAACCAAGCACCUACUUGGCUGAUCCCUCUGAGGUUGAAGUGGUUGAUUUUAGGACUUGUCCUGGGAUGAUAGAUAAGUACCAACAUGUAGAGGAUCAUCACUGGGCUGUUAGACCUGUUCUAAUCGCAUUCGGUUUAUUUACUGCUUUAAAACUAGGCAUAUUAGUUGGAAAGAAAGUGAGGAGGAACAGGAAGGUCAAUGCAAUAGACAGUGAAAGUCAAUAUCUUGAUGGUCAAAAUGCUAGCAGUGCUACAACAAGGAGAUCUUCUACUGCUAUAAAUCAAGGCAACACAACAUGGGUUCCUUCAGUGGCUAACAUCCUUUUUAAAGAGGGUGUUAACACUUCCAAUGGUCGGUAGUUUUGUUAGCGUUCCAAACUCAAUACAGUUACCUAACUGAUGCAUAUAUCUUGGCAUUAGUCUUUGGAAUAGGGAAGCAAUUCUACCCCACAUAUUAGUUUGAAGUUGAAAAUACUUCAUUUAAAAUGGUACUUGCUCAUUAUACUUAAAUGCCAUCGGGCCUUACUCUGAAUAUAGAAGUUGUACAUAUCCUUCAGAGGGUUAGCUUUGUACAGUCUCCAGCUUUGCUUUGCAUAAUGAACCUUACAAAAAUUUCGUGAUGUUCUUGGUGAAUUUUAGAAAAUAUUUGAAGGGUUGGAGUGAAAUAAGCAAUGAAUCAAGACACAUGUAUGAGUUGAUUCUUGAAGCAUUGUUCUAGUUCACCACGCUUGAUUCCUUUAGUUCUGGAUUUUUAUUUUUGUUUGUUUGUUUGUGAUUUAUUAUCUUUCUUUCUGCUUUUUCUUGAGCUCCGGAAUGUUUAUGUUUUGUUGUUCUGAAUAAAAAAUUCCAAGAUACUUACGUUGG